GUUGUCCGCCAAUGGGGCGAGCGGUUGUUGCCGCGCUCCUUCUCUCUGUCCCGCGUGUCCCGCCGCAAAAGAUGGCGGCAGCCGUGCGGGGCACGGAGGAGCUGGAGCUGCUGGAGCGGCUGCUGGGGCUGCCGGGCGGGAACAAGUACGGCGUCCAGGGGGAGCGGAAGGUUCCUGUUCUUCAAACCAACAAUGGCCCUGGGCUGACGGGAUUGAUGACCAUUGCUGCCCACUUGGUCAGGCAGGCUAGGAAAGAGCAACUGCUGGGAAGCAGUGCCGAGGAGAAGGCAGUGGUGCAGCAGUGGCUGGAAUACAGAGUGACCCGAGUGAACGGAGGCUCCAGUAAGGAAGAUACUAGAACAAUUCUGAAGGAUCUUAACAUGCACCUUGAAGAUAAAGUCUACCUUGCAGGAAACAUUUUUACCUUGGCAGACAUUUUGAUGUACUAUGGAUUGCAUCAUAUCAUGGUGGACCUCACAGUGCAAGAAAAGGAGAAAUACCUUAAUGUGUCUCGUUGGUUCAACCACAUUCAGCAUUACCCAGGUGUCCGACAGCAUCUGUCCAACGUCGUCUUUAUCAAGAACAGAUUAUACACUAAUGCUCAUUAAGGCAGAUCUUAAUGUCAUGUUGUAAUGAGGUGUGGGAGUUUAGAAAUUGUACUGUCCAAAGCCACUAACCUGCAAAUACUGUUUCGUAACCUUCUGUAUGUGAACCGAAACUGUCAAUGCCUCAAAUAAUACAACUGCAUUGAAUUGCUGUUGUUCAUUCAAGACUUUGAACUAAAGAAUUGUUAUUGUGUAUCUGAUUAAAUGCAAAAAUGGUGGAAAGAUGAAAAUGGAGUUUUAAUUCACUAUUUUUUAAAAAAUUAAAGUUCUUUUAAUUAAACAUUCAAGUGAAAUUACAUUAUCUUUACCAUCAAUUAUUCACUCCUUUUGCUAUUUAUUGAAUUUUUAUGUAUGUCAACCAGCUUUCCUUUCAUUUUGUUUUCCGUGGAUGUUUACACUAGUUUUGUACAAGUUAAGAGCUAUAUUGUGUGCCAAGGAUGUGAAAAAGGGAACAUGCAAAUGUUACAAAGUAUUUAUGUGACCGAAUAAAUUAUUUUAAAACUGUAGUCCUAAUUUGGCUGUGAAACUUACUAGGUUUUUUUCUCAGUAAAAUUAUUUUAAAAGGUUAGUUUACUUCCUGCUUCAUUUUGUGGUGUACUGUUUCGAAUCUAGAAGCAUUUCCUUUCAAACUGGGUAGCAAAGUUAGUGUUGUUAAAGAUUUUGCAUGUGCCUUGCUUCGUUUUUCACUUGAGUGCAAAUGCACUUUUCCCACCCCCCC